AUGUGUAUAAAUUGUAAUGUGAUGGAGAAACAGAAUUUAGGGUUGAUUAACUACCAGCAAGAUGAUUUUUCAUAUCAGGAUGAUUCCUCGAUAUAUGAGGAAAGUGUUGAAGACGAGGACGACGAUGAUGCAAUGACACAAUCAGCCGAGACUGGUGAUAAGACUGAUCAGGAAAUUUCAACACAUGAACUUAAAUAUGAUGAUUCCGAAUCAUAUCAAUUUGAGGAGGUGAUUGAAGGUGAUGAAAAUUGUGGGAAGAUAGAGGCGAUUGAUGAGAAUUCUAAUGAAAAUGAAGACAACGAUGACGACGAUGAAGAAGAAGAAGAAUCAUUUGAGAUGGAGGAUGAGGAAGAAGAAAGUGAGGAAAGUGAUGAGAGUGAGGAAGAGGCAAAGCCUCUCGUAGUUGUUAAAAAAUUGGACAAUCAAAUUACAAAACCAACACAAAUAAUUAAGCAAAAACAAGACAGUGAAAGUGAAUCAGAAGAAUCUGAGGAAUCAGAAGAAGCUCAAGAAGAGUCGAGUAUCGAGGAACCACAAAAAUCAGAAGAUGAUGACGACAUUGAGGAAGAAUUUUCAUCGGCUGAUGAUUCAAGCGAGGUUGAUUUCUGGGCAAACAUGGUAAGCCACGCGAGCAGCUUUGGACAGCAACAUGGAAACUCAAUGACAUCAAACCAGUCAGAAAUUGUAGAUCAAAUGCAGGUGAAAGUUAAUGAAUUAUGCAUGAAAAUAGAUGUACUGGAACAGGAAUUGGAAAGGAAAAUCGGAGCUGUCGACCGCCUUCAAUCGGAAUUAGAGUCGGCCAACAAGGAAGGAGAUUGUGUACGACAGAGAUUGAGAUAUCAAAAUGAGCAGUUGGAAAGAGUCAGAGAAAAGCACGAUACAGAUUUUACUGAUGAGCACAAGAAAUAUGUAAAUUUGGAGAAGCAAUAUAAAGAUAGUGUAGCGAAGCUACAAAAAAUGCAGAAUCUAGCAAGUAAUCUAAAUGUCCAAUUAGCUCAAACCUCUGUGGACAUUGAGAAGCUUAGACAAGAGCGUGAUGAGCUUUUGGAUAAGUUGACCGUACAGGAGAAGCUUCUACGUGAUAUUCUUGAGACGGCAAUGGAGGAACGUGAGCAAAUAGCAUCAAAAUGGAAACAUGAAUUUGAACAAUUGCGCAACGUUAAUUGUUCUCGGGAAGAAACUCUUAUGGAGGAUUGUGAAUGGAAAUUACGGCAAAUGAUGAAGCAGUGCAAGGAAAAAAUUGAAAAGAUUGAAAAAGAAAAACUUUCAUUGAAGGAUCAAGCGCAAAUUGAUAGGCAAACAAUACGAUCUCAACGUGAUGAAAUUAGAAGCUUAAAGGCUGCAGAAAAAGAAGCAAAUCAAUUGAGGGGACUCACGAAUGAUCAAAAAGAUUCAAUGACGACAAUGAAAAAGAAUAUUGAUGAUUUAAAACAUGAAUUAGAAACUACCAAGAAGAAAUUACAAACCGAAAUCGAUAGUUGUCUGCAAAUAAAGCGAGAUUGUUCAUACCAAUUGAGUGAACGAGAGCGUUCAGCUGCGAAUCGAAUAGAAAUAGCUCGUGGUGAGGUUGCCAUGGAAUGGGAGAGUAGAUUAAUGGAGGAAAUGAAUCGAUUGAAAAUGGAACUUGAGCAAUGUCAUUUAGACGAUCGUAAUGUAGCUUUAAAUGAAUUAAAAGGCCAACAUCUUUUGGAGAAUCAAGCAAUGUUGACUAAAUAUAAGCGACGAGAGGAGCAAUUUGGGGAAGAAAUUGCAACACUCAAAGCACAAUUAGGUCUAAAGCAAGAAGAUUUAGUGGCUUUAGAGUCGAAGGCCGAUAUGCAAUUGGCGGAACAUCGAGCAUAUAUAGAACGCAGAGAGAGGGAUCAUCAAAAAGAAUUGGACAAGCUGCAAAUGGAACUUGAGCGGCAGCUGCGACUUCACUCAGAUUUAAUUGAGGAAAUUAAAGACGAACACAAACGUGAAAAGGAGCAAAUUAAAGCGAGCUUUUAUAGAUCCCUGGAACAAAUUAAGGAAGAGUUUGCGAACGAAAUUACUUUAGCAACGGAAACACUGCAAGCGAAGCACAAAAAGGAGAUGGAAGAGCAAUGGAAACAGUUGGUACAUGAGAAAGAAAGUGCCUUACACGUUGCUGAAAAUAGGCUCAGAAUAAAGAUGGAGGAUGCAGAUAAUAAAUUGAGUUCUGUUAAGACAAAUCAUCAACGACAUAUUAAAGAUUUAAAAGAUCAAUUCGAUAUUGAAAGAAGCCGACUGGAGACACGCGAUGCAACAAAUGCAGGUGAAAUUAGCACAUUACACAGAAAAUGCAUUUGCCUUACAAAGCUUUUUGAGGAAAUGCGAAUAAGAUACGAACGAAGAGAUCCAAGGCCUGAAGAUAUUCGACGAAUUGAUGAGCUCAAAACUGUUGUUGACUCACAAGAGCAAGACAUUUAUCAUUUAACGGAGCAAUUACGUGAAUUACAACUUCAAUUACAAGAACAACAACAACAACAGAUGCAGAAUCAGCAAAAUAAUCAAAUAAAUCAACAAAAUUCCAAUCAAUCAAAUAAGAAUCGUAAUCGAGGGAAGAAUACUAAAAAUAAUCGAGGUAAUAACAAUGGAAAUUUAAAUAAUGCUCAACAAAUGAAUCAAAAUCAACAGCAGCAACAGCCACAAAAUAAUACAAACGAUAGUGAGCAGCAACACCUAGAAAAUGAACUACCAACACCACCUUCAUCAACGACAAUAAGUCCACAACGAAUGAGACCUCCACCCCUCAUAAAAACCGUGAUAUAUGAAGAGGAAAAUGAAAAUGAACUGUAUGAGGAGCAGUUGCGCGAGGAACGGGAACGUCAUAGUGAAUCAAUUCCAAUUCCACACCAUAAUUUCACAGUUGAACUUGUACCAGAAAGUCCUGAUUAUUUGAAGCAUAAUAAUGGUAAUUCAGAGGAAAUUUCUGAAGCACUUAUUGUACACGAACAUGAAAUUAUGAAUCAACGUGUAAUUCCAUCGCCGACUCCAGACGAUUUAAAAAAUCAGGAAAUUGCCAUUGAAAUUAUUUCUACAAUUGAGCCAUCACACUUUCAAAUUAUACCUGUGGAAAAUGGACUCGAUCUCGAACUUGAUUAA